GUUAGCUAGUCGCGUUUGUCCCCCCUUCCCAUUCGUGAUUUUGCAGGAUACAUUCCUGUAAAAGUUCACAGCCAUGAAGAAGUUUUUUGACGACAUUAAGAAAGACAUGAAAUUCAAAUCCGCGGGACCUGGGAAGAAACUUACGGACGAAACCAGCUCCACGCCUCAAGUUGGUCCGGCCGUCAGUGACAAGCCUCGCCAUGCACCCACAGAAGGCGUCCAGAGGGCAGGAGCUGCAGCACUCGCCAGGAUUGAACAGAAGCAACGCCCGAAGGUCCAAACUUCACAGGACGCCAUCAGGAACAAGGUGAAAAGAGAGCUUGAAGCAGAGGCUGCUGCAUUGGCUGAAAAGGAAAAGGCCACUGUGGCAGAGGGAUUCCAAGUACCAGUGAAGGACCCAACCUGUCUCUCAGUGUCAGGUGUUUAUUUCACCUGUCCACUAACUGGAGCUACAUUAACAAAGAGUGAGAGGGAAGCACACAUCAAAGAGGCAAUUUUCAUGCGGUUUGAGGAGGAUGCAGUGGAGGCCUCUGUUAUGAUGAUGCACACCUUCAAUAAGGACCGAGAGAAGGUCAAAGCUGCUGUGGACAUCAUAAGCAAGUAUGUCGAAAAUAUAUGCAAGAAUCCCACAGAGGAGAAAUACAGGAAGAUUAAACUGAGUAACAAGGUGUUCCAGGAGAAAAUGCGAUGUGUGGAGGGGAGCAGAGAGUUCUUGCAGGCCUUGGGAUUUGUGAGCAUCGUGUUUCCUGUUGAGGGACAAGAGACGGAAGAGGAGUUCCUGUUGUUGCCCGAGCAGAAUGAAGACGCCUUGGAGCUGAUGAAGGAGCGGAGGGAUCGUCUCCAGAGAGGAGAGCCUGUCAGAGCUCAGCUGGACAGACAGCCCCAGGCCUUCAGACCCUCUCCCAACGCCAUACGCUUUGAGCUUCCGCCUGAGUUCUACAACCUGACUGCAGAGGAACUCAAGAAGCAGCAGCAGCAAAGGAGUGAGAUAGUGGAGAAAAACGCCAUGCUGCGUACUAAGGCCAUGAGGGAGAAGGAAGAGCAGAGAGAGAGGAGGAAAUACAACUACACUUUACUAAGAAUCCGGCUGCCUGAUGAAAACCUGCUGCAAGGAACUUUUUAUGCAUGGGACCGGCUACCUGUGCUGUUCCAGUUUGUACGGGAAUCCCUGGAGGAUGGGUGGCAGCCCUUUGAGCUCAUUGCUCCUGGCGGACAAAAACUUCAAGACUCAGAAGAAGUAGCGCUUGCAGAAUGUAACUUGGUCCCUGCAGCUCUGCUCACAUUUUCCUGGGAUGCGGCAGUGCAGGCAGACAUUGCAGCCGCUGGUGGCAAAAGCCCUACCCUCCUUAAGCCAGAGCUGCUGGAGACCAUUCGGACCCUUAGCUGAGUAGAACCACUUUCCCCAGGUGUCCCUCUGCUACCCUCCUGCUAGCACCGUCGGGGUCGAGGUGCCCUUUGCCACGGGUGAGGGAUCUCAUCCCCCCCCCCCCCCAAAAAAGACGUUUCUUGGAGUCGUUAGCUGUGAUAUUUCAAAACAGACAGGGGCAAGUUCACCAGCACAGCCCCUACUCCUUUCCAAGUCAGGUUAAGUCGAUUUUAUUUGUAUAUCACAAAUUACAAAUUUGCCUCAGUGGUAAUCUCAUUUUAACUUAUCCUCUGUCUCCACAGUGGAAAUGCACACUAGUCAAAGGAAGCACUUUUUGCAAAGGUUGAUUAAUUAAACACUACGUUUUUGUUUUUAUAACUGCAUCCAAAAUGUACUUGCUGUAUAAUAAACUGACUGGAUAGAGGCACUCCAAUCUUCCCUAGCCUGCAGGUGAUCAGUCAGUCAUUUGUAGUGAAGAUUUUUUUUUUUUAACUGUCAUUGCUUUUGCCAUUUUUGCAGCUAAAUAAUACAUCUUGCUCACACAACUGUCGGGUUAAAAAAGUGUCAUGCACUUAUUGAUUUACAGUUAGUGAGAAGUAGGAUUAUUGAGUGUUGGAGGCAAAUAAGGUAAGCAGAUUGACUUGUCGUGUCAUCUUGGCAGAGCAAACUUUGUUGGGACUUUUAAGUUCAAUUUAGGCACCUAGUCUCGUAUUUUGAAGAUCGUGCCUAUAGUUUGAAUAUACUGAGGGGUUUGAGGUUUGAAUGGGCAUUCCCUGGGGGAAAAGCCAGCAUCUCAUCAUGUCUGUUCUGAUUUGGCGUGAUGAAAGUCUUGACUGUAAACAAGAGCUCCUAUCUGCCAGGAAAUCCUCUGCUUGGCAGUGGACUUGUACCCUCUGGGAUUGUGCAAAACCUCUGCAGUUUCUGAGUUUGCAUGAUUACAAUCUGCAUGUCAGUCGUUGAUAUGAACAAAAACAAAAGAAUAAUAACUACCCAUCAGUCUGUCAAACAAUUGUUGCCUGCUGUUUGGCAUUAAGGUGGGACCAUUUCAACACAACUUAAUUAAAAGAAUUAUUGAGAAUUGGGAAUAUUCAAUUGCAAAUUAAUGACUAGAGCAAUUGUGCUGGGUGUAAGUUUUUCCAUUGUAUAUAUUUUAGGCAAGUCCAGACAAGGUAACAAUGAAGCUAUUUUAUUUAAAAAUGAAAUGUUUUUAUUGUAUUUUUCCAGUUUUAAGAAGUAUUUUCGAGGAGCGAACAUCUAAAAUAUAUUCAACACGAGAGGUUUGGAGCCCUCGAAUGGAAUGGGAAAUAGAAGCAGUAGCAGAAAGUUUGACGAUCUACAGUAUUACAUUGACCAUACUAUUAAAAAAAAACAUUAUUUAACUAUGGAGGCUUUCUGCAGAAGCUUUAUGUAACCUCUUUAGCUUUUGUGUGCAAGCAGACAUGCAAAUAACUCAUUUCUUAAUGUUUUUUGGCAGAACCGGCAGCAUGGUAACUUUUUUUUGAGUCUUAGUUAUGCUUCAUGUCUCGUAGUUGUAAGUACCAAACACGCUACUUUGUGAAAUCAAAAGUUUAUAUUUCACUAUGAGGGUGAAUUAAUGAACCAGACAAGCUUAUUGGAUCCAAUUAAAUCAGUGGAAUAAACCGGUCAAAAUUGGGACACAAUUUUAAGCGUUUUGUCAGCAUCCUUAAACCUUUUCCUCUGAAGAGUAGUGGUUCGCAAAGUUGCAUUUCUUUUCAAACUACAUAGGGUAGGUGUGUCACCGUGUCAUUCAGAAAUCAAACGUUAGUGAAUACAUGCCAGGUGUAUUAGCACUUCUCAGUGGAGAGGGCAAAGCAUUAAUCAAAUGUUAGAGGUGGGACUAAGAGCUAAGAUUCUGUUCAUCUCGUUUGUUGGCGGCAAGUGUGACAACAACCUACCUCAGUGCAAUUAACAUGCAUCCCAAGUGUUUGAUGCACUAAACCCAAUGGCCCUAAUGUCCCCGGAGUCAAGCAAAAUCGCACCCAUUAUGUUUGGAAAGUAACAAUGGAAGUUAAAUGUCUGUCAUACAGUCUAUGGUACAACUUGAGGGGAUACUAAGCCUGGCCAAGCCGGCUGCAACCAUCAGCAACGUGACUCCUCAGCCAUGACACCAACUACUCUGCAUUCAUCGAUGUUCUUUAGCUUGCCUAGCGGUUGCCUGUAGGAUUACUGUAAGAUGGUUUAUUGGCAACAUGUUCUUCAGAAUGAGUAGUGAAGAACUGUGGAUCGCCAUAUGUUGAAGUCUCAAUUGUGUUGUAAUGCUUUUUGACCUGCCUGUAAUUAAAGAUUCUAUUGCAUAUUAAAAAAAUUAA